AUGAGGCGGUUGUUACGUGCAAAGGCUUGGCUCCAAUACGGCAACUUGGCCGUCGCAAUCAUUCUCGGGUCGGUAUUGAUCAAUUUUAGGACCACGCAGCCAGGCCCACGCAAGAACUCCGCUGUGCAGGACGUCAACUUACUGGUGGUGUCAUUCGUUACUCUCUUCGUGUGGGCGUUUCCUCAGAGUUUGACCUUGAGAACAUUGGAUGUUUGGUCUUCUCUUGUGAUGUUCUGCAUCGCGCUGGCUUCUUCUCCAUUGGCAAUGGGAGGAUCCCAUGUCAACCUUCUGACAUGGAGUGCUACGAUGCUGGUGUGCCUGUUCAACAUGAACAUCCGGCUGAACCUCGUAUGGGUAUGUGGCGUUACCAUGUCGAGUUGCAGCGCUAUCAUGUUCGGAGUGGAGGACCCUCUUCGAACUGUUGCUUGUGUGCCAUCGCGCAUGGACAUGAUUUCUGGGGAACUCACAGUAGGAAUCGUCUUUGCCAUGUUCAUCUUUCUCUUCCAUAGAUCGCAUUCCCUCGGUGUGUGGUACGAGAUGGAGGCUCACUUUUCGAGAAACGAGCUCAAGGCAGCGAGGUCGGUGCUGCGCAGCGUCUGCGACGCCGUGGUGGAGCUCGACAGCGACUUCCGCCUGCAGGACGAAGCAACCCAUCUCGUGAAUCUGCUCUUGUUGAACCCGCACCGCAAUCUCCUGGGUCAGGACCUGAGGUCGUUCCUGGCGACCGAUGAGGACCGCCGCAAGUUUUCCCAGCAGAUGAGCCGGACCUGGCUGGAUAGCGAGGACGCGCUGGAUGCUGGGCUCAGUUCGGCAUUCCACGUCUCCAUGAGAGACAGCUCCAGCAUACCCCUCGACGUGGAGGUCAUCAGCGUGCGCUUCAUGAACCGAGAGCGGGAGGUGGCCUAUUUUGUCGGCAUCCGCGAGUUCACGGACACGUGCCCGAUGGUGAGGGACACCACGCCAAGGGCAUGGCCCAGCGACGGCCGCGGUGGCCCGCAGGUCCUUCCUCUGGAAGAUUUCGGGCCCCUGGACAUCCCCGCGGAAGAUCUCAGCCACUCCAGCGAGGAACCUUCGAGCGUGAACUCAGAGGCCUUCUCGUGGGACAGGGAGGCUCCCUUCGAGGCGGCACCCGCAGCGUGGAUCGACGUCCUGAGCCCGACGUUUUCCGUGCGGCACUGCACCCCCGGUUUCUCUCAGUGCGUGGACACCGGGCGCGCGGGCGAGCUCCUGCCUGCCGUACGGCGGUCCCAUCAGUCCGACUUCGUGGGCUGGAUGCAGGAGGCGUACUGCUCCCUCGUGAGCGAAGGCUCCAGCGGUGCCCCGGUGCAGUACGACAGGUGGCUGCACUUCCGCCCCCCCGCGCCGCAGCGGGGCGCCGCGGGCCAGGCGCGCUCGGCGCGGCCGAGGCGCGUCCUCUCGGCCCGCCUGCGGCUCGACCUGGCGCCGCCGCCCAGCCCGCACCACCGGGGCCGCGGGGUGGUGCGGAUUCUCCUCGAGGAGCCCGGGCCCGUCCCGUCCGCCAUGGACCUGGCGGCUACUUUAGGCUGGCUUACGAUGAGGCUGAAAAAAACGGCCGUGGCACUGGAGCAGCAGAUCAUCGAUAAACAUCGCGAGCCGAAUGUGACUGUGGGCUUGUGUCCAUAUACCAAGAGUGGCUAG